AUGCUCUGUCUGGUUGACCUUGAACUACCAGCCUGUCAGCCUCGCAUCCGUGGCCUCUUGGAUGAUGGUUCAGACGGGCACGACGACGGUCAGCCACACGCGUGCAUGCACGCACGCACGCACUUCAAUGAGCCACCUGUGAGUGCGCGUUUACAUGAACCGCGCGAUGAAGCCGUCACAGUUGUGGACUGCACCAUGGCACAAAUUAACACCGGAAAUCGCGACUUGACUGAACGGAAGUACUCUUCACUGUUUCGUGUUGAAUAUAUGGCCUUCUGUUCUGGCCUUUCUUACCGUCACUUUGACAUCACCUGA